AUGGAGGAGCUCAUUAUCUCUCCAUCUUCAUCAUCUUCACCGAUCUCUUUAUCCCAAGAAACCCCGCCAACUCUCCAACAAAGGCUACAAUUUAUAGUCGAAAGUCAACCAGAAUGGUGGUCUUAUGCCAUAUUUUGGCAAACAUCAAACGAUGAUAGUGGCCGAAUCUUCCUAGCCUGGGGCGAUGGCCAUUUUCAAGGCUUCAAAAACACUUCACCAAAACUAAGCACCGUUAACAACAGCCGCGUGCCGAUAUCAAACUCCGAGAGGAAAAGGGUCAUGAAGGGAAUCCAAUCCCUGAUCGGUGAAUGCGAUCUUGAUAUGUCUUUGAUGGAUGGCACUGAUGCUACCGACUCUGAGUGGUUUUAUGUCAUGUCCCUAACUCGAUCGUUCCCACUUGAAGAUGGCAUCCUUGGCAAAGCUUAUACCACUGGCUCUUUGAUUUGGUUAACUGGUGGCCAAGAACUUCAAUACUACAACUGUGAAAGAGUCAAAGAAGCAAAAAUGCAUGGCAUUGAAACCCUGGUUUGCAUACCUACGUUCUGUGGGGUUCUUGAAUUGGGAUCCAAUCGUGUGAUCAGAGAAAAUUGGGGUGUUGUUCAACAAGCCAAGUCUCUUUUUGGGUCAGAUCUUAACGCUUGUUUGGCGCCUAAAGGUCCUAAUGAUAAUCCCUGUGAAGAACCAAUCCAGUUUCUUGACAGAAACAUUUCUUUUGCGGAUAUAGGCAUAAUAGCCGGACUUCACCAAGAAGAUCAUGCAAUUGAUCAUGGAGAGAAGAAAGCACAAGACAGAGCAGAAGCAAAGAAAGAUAAUUCUAAUAAACCAGGCCAUUCUUAUGUGGACUCGGAGCAUUCAGACUCGGACUUUCCUAUAGUUGCUGUGAAUAUAGAAAAAAGAAUUCCAAAGAAAAGAGGGAGAAAGCCUGGGCUGGGCAGAAACGCCCCACAGAACCAUGUAGAGGCUGAGAGGCAGCGGAGAGAGAAACUGAACCACCGGUUUUACGCGCUGCGAGCGGUGGUCCCAAAUGUGUCAAGAAUGGACAAAGCAUCAUUGUUGUCUGAUGCUGUAUCCUAUAUAAAUGAAUUGAAGGCGAAAGCUGAUGAAUUGGAGUCACAACUACACAGUAAGUCCAAGAGAGUGAAAUUGGAAGUUGCUGAUAAUAUGGACAAUCAAAGCACUAUCACUUCUGUGGACCAAGCAGUCUGCAGGCCUAACGGUAAUUCUGGUGGUGCUGGCCUUGCACUUGAAGUUGAGGUCAAGUUUGUGGGUAGUGAUGCAAUGAUUAGGAUCCAAUCCGAGAAUGUGAAUUAUCCAGGAUCUAGGUUAAUGAGUGCACUACGUGACCUGGAAUUUCAGGUGCACCAUGCUAGUAUGUCCAGUGUCAACGAGCUUAUGCUCCAAGAUGUGGUCGUUAGGGUUCCUGAUGGACUGAGAACCGAAGAGGCACUGAAAUCUGCUCUUCUUGGAAGACUAGAACAGUAA